AUGACCAGAGCCGACUCGAAGAGAUUGCUCCGAAAGGUAUCAGAGUCUCCGCCCAAGGCCUGGGUGGUAAUAGAUCAAGAACUCUCCGACCUCCACAAAGAUCGAAACUCCAAUCACAUAUUCUGGUGGAAUUCGACAGGCAUCCCUUUCGCUAUUUUACUCGAGAAGGCUGGCUAUCAGUUUGAGAAGCAACUUCAACAUCUCAGGUUCUACUUCGCAGUCAUCGUUCCGGAACUCGGCGAUGGCACACGCCACGAUGGCACUCUAAUGCACUGGAAGAGUUUCAUGACAGAUCAUCAUUCUCCUGUCGAAUUCAGCUGGGCAUGGAACCGAGAAACAGAGCUUCCUGUGGUUCGAUUCUCAUUCGAACCCAUAGGUCAGGCGGCCGGAACUCCUUUGGAUCCGAACAACCAGUACGCAGCAUUGCGCCUCGUGGCGAAUCAACAUAGCCAGAUCAAUGGAUGUGAUCUCUUAUGGUUCAACCAUUUGUGGGAGAACCUCGUACAAUUUGACACCAUACAAAAUCUCUGCCCAUCCAACAACGGGAUGUUUCCCGAAGGCACAGAGUCGGAGCCAUCCCACAAGUCGAGAGCAUUUCUAGCACUGGAACUGAACAAAGACUGCCCGAUGUUGAAGGCUUAUUACAUGCCUGUUUUCAAAGCCGCGGCCACAGGGCGCACUACCAUGUCCGUCAUCAACGAUGGGAUCACAAGUCUGCCCUACCUACCCCAGGGUGUGUUAAAUGGGCAUAGAAAGCUGCUCAAAUUUCUGGGAUCAAACAGCCAGGGUCGGAGUCUAGCCCCUGAGAUUGUUGCAACCGACUGCAUCGCACCCGAGAGAUCCCGCGUCAAGAUAUACAUGCGGAGCCAGACCACGUCAUUGGAGUCUGUGAUAGAGACUCUGUGUUUGGGUGAUUCUGCAGUACUUCAAAACCAAACGGUGGCCGUCAACAAGUUCAUAAGGCUGUGGAACCUCGUCUUCGGUCUGCCAAAUGGAUGGGAUGCCCAAGCUCAGCUGCCAAAGGUUAGCCAUCGAACAGGGGGCAUGCUGUAUUACUUCUCUCUUGGUGGAGGGCGAACUGGCCUAACUGUCAAGGUGUACCUACCGGUGCGCCAUUACGCAAAAGGGGACAAGGAAGCAGCAGCUAGCCUCAAGGAUUAUCUUCGCACAGAAUCACGAGCUGACUUCGGUGACAAUUAUACCCAAGCCAUGGAUGAAAUAAUGUGGGUUCAUGAAUUCAUACAAAAUAUUGCAAAAUAA